CACCGGCGGGUUGAAACCUUGUUGCGGCAAUUGAUUUGGAGGGAAAAAAGCCUUGUCACCUUGUCCUCAGACCUCUCAAGCCUCUUUAUCUCACCAUUGGACUGCGCCCGUGAAGGUCAACCUUCUUUCCAAUUGCUAUCGUCUUGAUAUCUUUCCCAAGCCUUGGUAAACUUGGCGAGUCAUUCCAGGCCGGUUUUCUUGAUAAUUACAACACUUCUCCUCCCUGCAUCAUUCCCAUCGUUCCAUGGAGUUUGUGCCUGAGUUUUUCUGCCUACUCCUCAAACAAAUCCAUUAAACGCCCCAAGGGUUCAGAGCCUUACAAGCCACCAGCCACCAAAUAUCGAGCGGACAUCUGUCGAAGGACAUCCGGAAUUAAGUCCGUUUUCAGCUGAAAGGAUGAGGUCCUCUACGUCGCACGACGCGAUCCACUCGUCCAGCAUCGAACCUACAGGCAGUAGCGACACCGUCAAAGUCCGCCAUUCCUCGAAAGCAGGCGUCGAAACAUACAAUGAAACGAUCAGCUUGCCCGAAUAUGGAGGAGAAUCCGGAGGAUCCGUGGACUCGAUCUCACUGGCCAAAGAUGGAACCCACCGUCGCUUAAAGUCGCGUCACAUCCAGCUUAUCGGCAUUGGAGGUACCAUUGGUACUGCUCUUUACGUCUCCAUCGGAAACGGUCUGCUCAAUGGCGGACCUGCCAGUCUUUUCCUGGCAUUCAGUAUCUGGUGCUCGUUCAUCCUUGCAGUCACCAUAAGCACUGCUGAAAUGGUCACCUAUCUACCCAUCUCUUCUCCAUUCAUCAGAUUCGCCAGUCGGUACAUGGAUGAAGCCAUGGGAUUCGCCGCUGGCUGGAACUUCUUUGUCUUCGAGGCGAUUUUGGUACCAUUCGAAGUUACUGCUUGCAAUGUUGUCAUCCACUAUUGGAGUGAUAUUGUCCCAGCUGGAGGCAUCAUUGCUAUUGUGAUCGUGCUCUACGCUCUGAUCAACGUUCUCACUGUCGAGUGGUAUGGCGAGACAGAGUUCUGGGCAGCACUCGGAAAGGUCUUGCUGAUCAUUGGUCUCAUCAUUUUCACGUUCAUCGUCAUGCUGGGCGGUAACCCACUCGGCGACAGGUUUGGUUUCAGAUACUGGAACAACCCUGGCGCUUUCGCACCACUCUACUACGGCGGCAAUCUUGGCUACUUCCUCGGCUUCCUUCAAUGUCUGAUCCAAGCCUCUUUCACCAUCGCUGGACCCGAUUACGUCAGUAUGGCUGCUGGUGAAGCCGAGAAUCCUCGUGUUGUCAUGCCCAAGGCUUUCAAGGCUGUAUUCUACCGUCUGACCACUUUCUUCAUGCUCGGCUCUCUCUGCGUUGGUAUCUUGGUCCCUUACAACGACAAGGAGCUCAUCGCAGCAACGACUGCCGGCCUUCCUGGUGCAGCAGCCUCGCCUUACGUGGUGGCCAUGGACCGUCUUCGCAUCAGUGUCCUUCCUCACAUCGUUAACGCCAUGGUCCUGGCUAGUGCCUUUUCAGCUGGUAACAGUUAUGUCUACUGCGCCUCUCGUUCGCUCUAUGGACUUGCGCUUGAGGGUAAAGCACCCAAGAUUCUCACUCGCACCACUCGCCGUGGUGUCCCCAUCUACUGCACCAUUGUUGUGCUCUGUAUCGCUUUGCUUGCUUUCUUGCAGGUCAGCUCGAACGCCGCUACAGUGCUCAAGUGGUUCAUCAACCUGGUUACCGCUUCUCAAUUGAUCAACUACGCCGUCAUGUGUAUGACUUUCAUCUGCUGGAAGCGUGCUUGCGACGCCCAAGGCUUUGACCGCAACACCCUUCCUUUCAAGGGUUGGGGUCAACCUUACCUCGCUUGGUAUGGCUUUGUCGGUUGCACGGUCAUGGCCUUCGUCGGCGGAUACACCGUUUUCCUGCCUGGCAAGUGGGAUGUUCCUACCUUCAUCUUCAGUUACUUCAUGAUUGGCCUCUUCCCUGUCUUGUUCGUCGGAUGGAAGUUUAUCAAGAAGACAAAGUGGACCCCUGCCACGCAGGUCGAUCUUCGAGGUGAAGUCGAAGAGAUUGAAGAGUACCAGGCUUCUUUCGUGCCCUCAACUGCACAAGACACCUACUUCGAGAAGGCCUUGGACAAACUUUUCGGAUAAUCGUCUUUCCAAGAUCAGACCUCGAUCUAUCAAUCGCAAGCUAUCUCAAGAGGUUGCAGAGGCUACAGGACUCCGAUCGAUACUUUGCGAAAUUAGUCAGCCAAAUGUAUGUUCGAAUUUGGACUCGUUUCGGUGUUUCAGCAGUGUAUUUAGUCAUGGU